AACAAAUAUUUAUCUGGACACUAAAGCUUAUAGCGAGGAUAUGAUGUACAAGCGUCCACGUAAAACUUAUCAUUACCAUUAAAACAGUAAACCAAGCUGUAUCAAUGCUAACCUAUUGAGAUAAUCUGUAAUAAUAAUUGUUUAUAACUGUUAGAUUAAUCAAAGUUAAAAAAUUAUUAAACAACAUUAUUGAAUUUUUUAUUUCAGACAAUUACAAGAUUAUAAUUCGAACAAAAAUGUUCACAUUUAUAUACGGCAGUGUAGCAGAGGAAUUAUGGAAAAAUUCCGGGUUUCUGGAUAUGUUUCAAUGCAUCACUUCGAUAACUAUAAAUAAACCUUAUCUUCUGUUUCUAUCGUUUGUUUUUAUUCUUAUUGUCUACUUUUCUUUUUCGACUAUUAACAAUGUUGUUGACAUGACUGGUAUUGGUUAUGAAGAUGAAAAAAUGAAUGCGAGGGAAUUACGUAGAAAACGAAUUCAGUUAUUAAAAGAUACAAAUAGAUCGAGAAGGGCAAAUAAGUUUCCUCCUGCAUAUCCAAAUGGAUGGAUACCUUUGUUAGAAUCUAGAGAUCUAUCUGUUGGAAAGUGCAAGCCUGUUACUGCUCUAGGUCAACAAUUCGUUAUAUUUCGUGGUAAAACCGGAAAAUGUUUUGUUUUGGAUGCUUAUUGCCCUCAUUUGGGCGCUCAUUUAGGAACUGAUGGCAAGGUUCAUGAGGAUUGCAUCGAAUGUCCUUUCCACGGAUGGCGAUUUGCUGGACAGGAUGGUUCUUGUGUGAAAAUACCUUACGCAGAAAAAAUUCCAGAAGUUGCUAAAAUAAAAAGUUGGGAAACCAUCGAACAAAAUGGAUUUAUUUACGUGUGGCAUCAUGCAGAAGGCCAACCUCCUCUGUGGAAACCACCAGUUAUACCAGAAAUAGAGAAUCGACUAAUGUUCUAUAAAGGUCGUAGUGAACACAUUUUGAAUUGUCAUAUUCAGGAAAUUAUGGAAAAUGCAGCGGAUUCCGCUCAUAUCAAUUGCCUUCACAAAUUUGGUAUUACGUCCAGAAUUAAUUUGCAUCCGGAGAAUUCGUGGAAAUAUUUUCAGUGUAUAAUUUCUUGCCAUCCAGUAUGUGAAGAAACAUUUUACUGUUGCAAAUACGAAGGCAUUAUUACUAUUAAAUUGUUCGGGAUAUCUGUAAUGCACACAUCAUAUGAACUUCAACAGAUUGGACCAGCAAUAAUGAGUUUUCAGCUAAAAAAUUUAUAUGGAAAUGGAAUAAUCGUAUAUGGCAUGAUACCAGAAGGACAAGUUCGAGUGAGAUUGAUACGACAAUAUUACACUUCUUCUCGAUUUACAGGCAUUCGUGAUUAUGUUAUCUGUUUUUUUGAAAGUUAUAUGCUUGAGCGAGACAUUCAAAUCUGGAAUUACAAAAUGUAUUUGAAGAAUCCAGUUUACGUAUCAAAAGAGAAAGCAAUUGCCAAAUACAGAAAAUGGUACUCUCAGUUUUACAGUGAAAACAGCCCCAGGGUUGAAGAAAAUAAUCUUAGUUGGUGAUUAGAAGUAAUUUUAUACUUUAAAGAGCGAAACCGAAAUUACAUAUAUUUUUUUAAAUUUUGGCUUUUUAUUAUCAUAAUUGAUUUUGAAUUGUAAUUAGUGUUGUUGCGUAAAAUAUUGAUGCAUUGUUUUAAAAUUACUGCUAAAAAGUGAUUUAUGUUAAAUUUU